CGUCUCCGCGCAGAACCUGGCGCGACGACGUCACGUGACGAGCAGGAGAGACGCAAUGGCGAUUCCGCUCGGUGCUCAGCAGCAGCAACAACAAAUGCAACAACAACAACAGCAGCAGCAACAGCAGCAGGACUUUGACCCCGUGGCGCGAGUCAAGAUGCUGCUGCCGCAGCUCAAGGAGUGUCUGCAGAAUCUUAUGAAAAUUGCUGCUCAGAACCUGAACCAGAACACGGCGAUUGAUAAUGGCUUGAAGAGCAGUGACUCGCCGAUUCAUAGAUUUGACAAGUGCCUGGAGGAGUUUUAUGCCAUCUGCGAUCAGAUCGAGUUGUGUUUGAGGCUGGGCUACGAGUGCAUCUCGCAGAGCGUGGACAGCGCCAAGCACUCCCCCAGCCUCGUGCCCACGGCCACCAAACUGGACGCCACACAGGCCGACAGCCUGUCUUACGGGCAGUACCUCGCCAUGAUCAAGUCCCAGAUCUCCUGCGCCAAGGACAUACACAACUCGCUGCUCGAGUGCGCACGGCGCAUCUCCAGCAAGGGGCAGAUGCUACCCACAUAGCGAGCAAGCGGAGACCGUGGACGCACGUUAACCGACUUUAGUCUUUGUUUGAACUCUCUUAAACGUCUCUUCAUGAAGAAUGUGGGGGUGGGGGGGGGGGGAUAAACACAUUUCGUAUCUACAUUUCAUAUUCCUGUCUCUCAUUGUCGUGUAAAGGACCUUGCCGCAUUUCCAAGAAAUGUAACGCAAUGUAAGUCGUGACUGCAUAUUAUUAAAUUUGUUUGCACGAGCCUCACAGAGUCUCAAUUAAUUCUCAGACAAGUCCUACGUUUUUGCAAUAGAGGUCGAAGAUGGCUACAUUUCCCAUCAAUUACUGCAAGUCGUUUAACGCGGUAGAUUCAUUUCUGAAAAAUGCAUUAAGCGAAGUUUCCCCACAAAGUAACAACAAAGUUUGCCGAGAUACGAUGUACACACACGGUAAAAUGGUGUGACAUAACCCGAGGAUACGCCGCCACGUUGCUAUAUCAUUCCGUGCAGCUCCAAGUAGUUACUCAUCGACCGGUCAGAAACCGCAUUAGAACAGGCGCGUACCACAUUGAGCGAAGUGUACCCUAAUGUUUUCAGCGAAAAAGCGUUGUGAACGUGAUAAGCGAGGGCUUACUUAAUGUUUUGGAAUAAGCACAUGCACCUUUACACACAGGAGUGUGGACAUGCGUCCCUCGAAGAUAAAGUGGGUAUCUGCCAUUGGUGUUAAAACAGGAAGUGUGCAGGUGACAGAGGAUUAUUGAUGCAUAUUUACAGGUGCUCUCUUGGUUAAUAUGGGCAGCAACAGCAUAGCCUUGUAUUCUUAGGUUUUUUCGGUAAAGUCACGUAGGUAAAAAUUUUAUAAAAGUAAUAAUAGAAAUAAAAUAAUAAAUCACGAUACAGUAAAUCUAGCUGACGGUCCCACCUGAUGACGGAGACUUGUGUUGCCUCCGAAACGUGAUUUAUUAUUUUAUUUCUAUUACUACUUUUAUUUUUUACCUACGUAACUUUACCGAAAAAACCUAAGAGUAUGAAUCCUUGCAGUCACGAAAGCUUCGAAUCUAGAAAAGCAUAGCCUUGGCAAACUGGUGAAGUUGUGACCUGAGAUUGUAAAGUGGAUGGAGCAGGCAUGGGGGGAGGGUUGUGGGCAAACCGAUAAUAAACCAUCUGGUUAAUGACGAGAUGCAGGUGCUGCAUGAAUGCAAAGCCUCAGUACGGGAUGUUGAAUGCUGCCGUGUUGGAAAAGUCCUGACAUUGCCAGUGAAUUUUAAUAAUCCAGCAAGCCAAUGCACUGUUUGCAGUGGCCAUGGUAGGAUGCUCAGGUGUGGUUCAUGUAUCUAUGCCUCAUUUAUAAUGACCACGGUCUUGUGCUGUAUGCAAAUGGUUUAUAAGAGGCAUUUGUGCAACGUGUACAUGGCUCUCCCAUUCACCUGAAAUGACCCCACUGGAAUUUUCUGUUGUAGGAUGACAGAAAAUUGUCUGCGAGACCAAAAAAACUCAACAUAGCAAUGACCUUGGCUUGCCUAUCACUGAUGGUUGUAAACAAACCACACUGGUCAUGUUGAACGCAGCUCUUCAUUAUGUGUACUGAGAUUGGUGGGAGACACGUGGAGGCUUUGAAAUAACAUCUUCUCAAGUCAGAAUGGUAAGUCCUCGCUUAACGCGGAGGUUGCGUUCCUGAAAAUUUCUGCACAAAGUGAAUUUGCGUUGAGCGGGGGAUAAUUUUCCCAUAAGGAAUAACGGUAAGGGUUGGGUGUGUCAUUCCAGCCCGUAAUGUUGACAGUUUACAGUACAUGUGUUUUGUUUAAAUGUGUUGUUUAUAAAGUAUUUCUAUAAAUAUUC